GGGAGUUUGGGACUUAGAAACAUUUUAUCCUGCUCUAUAUUUAUAUAUAUAUGCUGUCGAAUUUUGCGAAUUAUAAUGCGAGCGAUAUCCCUUUCUCUUUUCAAUUACCACCUUAGUAUCAUCGAGACAGCUCGUAUCGCUAUAGCACGGUGGUGUUUCACAAAUAUACAAUGGGGUUGACUUUCGAAUCGUGCACUGCUGACCAGAAUAACGGUGUAGUUAGCAGUACUGAUCCCGUUGUGGAACAGGAAUCCUCUGCACCCACUGUUCUUAAGAGUCGUACGAACAAUCCAAAGGAAGCCGACGAUGUAGUCAACAUGGCUAAGGUGCGUGCUGCUAUCCCUCCUCACUGCUGGGAGAUCAGCACCGUCAAGGGAUUGACCUACUUAGUACAAGAUAUUGUUUUAAUCGGACUUUUGUAUGCACUGCGUGUGUACUUGCUUUCAGAUUUCAUGUCUGGUGCAUACGGAUCAUUGGUGUCAGUAUUUACAAGACUAGUAUGGUGGAAUUUAAUGGGUUUCCAGUUGUGGUGCUUGUUUAUGAUUGGACACGACGCCGGUCACGGAACAUUCUCCACCAGCCCGGCGAUCAACAUGAUUGUAGGUCAUGUGGCGCACGUUCCACUAUUAGUACCGUACCACGGCUGGCGACAAUCGCACCGUAUUCACCAUAUGUACCACAAUGAUCUUGAUCGGGAUAAGACUUGGACACCUGUGAAGGAGUCUACAGCAAAGGGCUGGAAGGACGACAACACUUGGUAUGGAUCAAUACGUUUCACUGCGUUAUCCUUGCUGAUGUUCCCAUACUAUCUACUUGUGGCCGAGGCUGGAGACUUGGUCUAUGGAUCACACUUCAAUCCGUUCAAUGAAGUGCUUUUUAAAACCACGCACGACAGGAUAUGCGCAACAGUAGGAACCGCAUCGAUCGCUGCCUUCCUUAUGUCGGUUUUCAGCUUCUCUGUGGCGCACACGCCUACUGUCCUAGCAGGAUUCUUUGCAUUCGUAGAUUGGUAUUUCAUCCCCUAUAUAAUCUUCUCAAUGUGGCUCUCUCUGGUCACUAAUCUGCACCACACACACCCCGAGUCACUAUUCUACCGCAACGCUCAGUGGUCUUUUGUGAAGGGUGCUGCGACUACUGUUGACCGUGACUUUGGGCCUAUAAUCAACUACUUUAUGCACCACAUCGAGACACACGUGUUGCACCAUCUCUUCUUCACCAAGAUAGCACAUUACAACCUAGUGGAAGCCACAGAGUACGCUAAACCGGCUCUGGGUCAUCACUACAAGAAGGAUGUGCGAAAUCCUAUUCUCGCCUUUAUGUCCGAUAUGGAUUACUGCAAGACAGUCAAGGACGAAGGAGAUGUGUUGCACUUCAACGAGUACGAGAGCUACAAGGCUAAAUAUAUGCCAAAGGAGGAAUAGAUAAAGGGUAACGAUUAUUAUGUUAGUUAAGUCGUACAGGUAGCCAGCCCCGGAAUUUUCUCGGAUGUAUUUACUUGACCAAAUUUGUAUGUGUAUCAAUAUAGGACGACGCACAUAGCUGGAAAAAGAGUUGGGCGUCAAUCAAAAAUAUAUGUCACAAAGAGUAUGAUACUGUGGUAGUCGGCAUACUUGCAUUUUAAUUUGAGCAUGUAAGCGACGUAGCUUAGCAAUGUUAUGAAGAUUCCGGCAUGUGGUCUGUCAACUAUGUAUACUUACUAAAUUACGUACAACUUAUACGUAUUUCUCUGCCCGUCUUACUUCUACUUUAAAUCAUUUCAAGUCGAGUAAGCGACGUCAACGUCGAAGUUUUAUGAAGAUUCGGCUUUUAGCUUGCCAACUAGCUACAUGUACAUAUGGAAUUCCGUCCACCCUAUACGUGUGUCUCCGCACCUGCUUAUACACUUGUGACCCGUCCACUGGC